AUGGCUUGUAAAGCAAAGCUUAUGAUUCCUGAGGAUGAGAAGUACGAAGGAAAGCCAUUUGCCCUUUCACACACAAGGACCGCCAUUACAACAAUAAAGGCGAAGUUCAAUACACAGCAGUUACAGAGGUUCGAGGGAAGUUGUUUUGGUCAUCUAUUACUGAUAGAGGACCUGAAGUGGAAUUCACAAAUUGUCCACGGCCUGUUGAUGAGGAAGGCUGAUCCUAAGACAGUUACACAGGUGAACGGGAUAAAAUUCAUUGUGGGUAACAAGUUGAUACAAUUCACAGCCCAACAAUUUUGCCUCAUCACGGGGCUAAGGUUCGGAAAGCUCCCUUUCAUUCCGAAGGCGACAAAUGAAAAUUGCUCGUUGAAGCGAAAAUACUUUAGCAGCAAUAAACCUGCCACCCUUUCGGACCUACACACCACCUUCAUCGAGUGCACAGAUGAUGAGGAUGCGUUAAAGCUUGGAAUGGUCUAUUUUGCCAAUUUUGUUCUAUUGGGUACUGAAAAGCAUGUGCUUAUUGACAUGCACUAUUUGAAGUUGGCUGAAGACCUAGAGGAGUUUGACAAGUAUCCAUGGGGCGCAAUGUCAUAUGCAAUGACAAAUGCUUCACUGUUGAGGGCAGUUUGUGCUGAAUACCAACGAGUCAAAGUGCCCCAAAAAAGAAAAAUGCCCAAACAAAGUGGAAAGAGAGCGCAGAGAAGAAUGCGAAGUGGUAGACCAAGAGAGUACAUCAUAAGGGGGUUUGGCUUCGCUAUUCAGAUUUGGGCUUUUGAAGUGUUCCCAGCAUUGGAAGCAUUGCAUUUCACGGUCCAUGAAGACAAUAGGCACAUCCCUCGAAUAUUACAUUGGAGGAGCAACACGGUGGCCCGUUUUCGGGAGGUUAUGAGUCAGGUUUUUGAAAACUUUGAGGUUGAUGUGCAACUUCUCCGGCCAACAGAUAUUGAGAAGCAACAACCUUACUGGAGUUGGGGUGAUGAUGACAACGAAGAAGAAAUGGUUGAAUUAUUUGGGGAUGAGGCCGAAGAAAAAAUCGGCACUUCUAGUGAAGAAAAAAACGUGGAUGUUGAGGAAACAGCCACCCUUCCCUCCUCUUCUAAGGGCAAAGGGUCUGUUACUGAUGUUCGCAGUUUGAAGCAUCAAUUACGCAGCACUAAGGAUCAGUUGGCUAAGCUACGUAGUUCAAAUCGGGGGCUUAGGAACAGAGUUCGUGACUUGGAAGCUAUUGUACAGAAGAACUGUUUGAAGCAUGAGAACGAGUGUGACAGAAAUAAAAAGGCUAUUCGGGAUUUGACCCUAAAAAUUGCUGAAGUCGAACAUUAUUUGAAGUUGGAGAUGGAGGAGUUAAAAAAAAAAUUAUGGUGGAGAACGUCAUGA